AUGGUGUACCCGACUUACCCUUCGUACUCGCCGCUGGUGGAGAUGGACACCGCCGAGGUGGAGAUGCAGCGGGUACUGGAGGAAGGAUCGAAUACACUCUACUUUAGCCACCACUUCAACUGUACCGAUGUACCGCCCAGUAUCGCUGCUCUGCGCGAGCAGCUGGAGGUUCUCCAUGUAGAUAACAACUAUCGCUUCACGACCAUCUCUCCCCGUGUGACAGCAUUGUCGAAGCUGCGCUGGCUGAACGCGAGCUACUGUUCACUCCGUUCAGUGGACUCCUCGAUCAGCCGCCUGUCAAAGCUGGAGCGGCUGACGCUGAACAACAAUAUGUUAACGUGGCUGCCACUCGAGAUGUGGCAGCUCAAGGCGCUGGAAGAGCUGCACAUCGGUAAUAACCACCUCCAUGUGCUGCCCGGCUGCCUCCUUUUCCUUCCUCGCCUGCGUGUCUUGACACUCGAGAACAACCCUCUCUACACACCGGAGGAGGUUAAGGGGGCCGCGGCAGCGACCUACGUCCCGGCGCAGCGCAGUGUGGACUGCAGUGCGUGCUGCAUACACUCCCGCUAUUACGAAGUCUUUGUCACCUUUCACGCUAUCGCGAGCCACCGCGAUGUUCCGUUCGUGCACUUUGCAUGCUCCGACGAGUGUGCCACAUACGUGCGCACACGCCUGGAGGCGUACGAUCGAGACCACCUCAACCGUCAGUGA